UUUGUUCAGCCCUGGAAAGCGAUUGUAUCUUCUUGUUUGUGCCUCAGCAGAAAUCAAUAUGGAGAAAUUUUAAAGGGAACCAUUUUAAAUACUGUUUAAAUGAAUAAUAGGAAUCAAGACAGGAGGAAAAGCGACAAUGAAAACCCGGAACUUACCAAAGGCACUAGCCUGGUACUGGAGAACCUUUCCGAGGUUAUUUUUUCUCUUAGUUCUUUUCAUCAUAUUGUUUGCCAUUAUUUGGAGCCAGAACAAAAAAGAGUGUAACUGCUUCAAAAUGGGAAAGCCUGGAUUAACGACAUUUCAAGCCACAGCUGGAGAGGAGGAGAUGGCUGGCUUGGCGGCUGCUGUUUGUGAGAUUCCACAAAAUCAAAAUUUUACUGUAAAAGGAAAUGUGAUAGACCCUUUACCAAUUCCAUACGAAUAUCUCUUAGGCUCUCAUCCUACUAGAAAAAGAUAUUUGUCAAUUGGGAUUUCCUCCAUCCACCGAAAAAAUAAAUACUAUCUAAUGAGAACAAUUGAGUCCAUUUUUAGUCAGUCCAGCCCAGAGGAGUUAAAAGAGAUAGUCUUAGUUGUCUAUCUAGCAAACAAUGAUUCUACUCUAAAUAAGCAAACAGCUAAGGAGAUUAAAGAUGGAUUUAGUUCACAUAUUGAUGAAGGAAACCUUCUUGUUAUAUGCAGCUCUCUAGCCAGUUACCCUUCUUUACAAGGUCUGCAAAGGAACUUCUGGGAUAAAGAUCAAAGUGUCCAGCACAGAUCAAAACAGAAUGUGGACUAUGCUUUUUUAGUUAAUUUUUGUGCCAGCCUCUCACAUUAUUAUCUGAUGUUGGAAGAUGAUGUGGUUUGUGCCAACGGUUUCCUUUCCAUAAUACAACAAUUCAUACGUGAACGGAUGGAACCCUGGACCACAGUAGCCUUUUCCACAUUGGGCUAUAUAGGGAAACUCUAUCACAAUGAAGAUCUUCCCAAACUGGCACGAUUCCUGUUGCUGUUCUAUGACGUGAUGCCUUGUGAUUGGCUUUUAGAACUUUUCCACCAAUCCAAAGCGCAGAAAGAAAUCAUUACCUUCAGACCUUCUCUUUUUCAGCACAUUGGCAGAAUCUCAUCUUUUCACACUAUGGAAACUAUAUUCAAAGAUCCAGAGUUCCAAGAAGAUUUUGGGGAUUUUGGAGAUUUCCCUGCUGUCUCCUGUUACACAGACAUAUCAGUGUUUGAUGACUAUGUGCCUGAGGAAGUUUGUCCACCUGGUAAAGGUGUCUUUUGGGGAAGAAAUGUAACAUCAGGGAGCUCCUUUACCAUUGUUUCUGAAACACCUAUCAUUCUCCAGAAGCUUCAGAUUUAUACGGGAUCAGCUGAAUACAAACGGGACAUUCUGUAUUCUGGUUACGUGGAACUGGGCACAGUGAAAAUAAAGGAAAAUGAUCGUGCAACAUGCAGGAUUUUCAGAAGAGCAGGAGAUUUUCGCAAUGGAACAUUUGAAUUGGACAACUUUGGUCAAGUUAUGGAGGAGCAGAUUCACUGCCUUCGAAUACAGGUAACAGUCACACAAAAGGAAUGGCUGAUAAUAAGGAAAAUAAAUAUUUGGGUUAAAAAGGGUUAAUGGGUUAAAACUCAGGUUCAGUUUUGCCACUUAUGUUUAAAAAUGGGAAGGAAAUCCAUCUUACACAUCACCUUGUACUAUUCACUAUGUAACAAAAGCAAUGUUGUCAUUGUUUAAUGAAAAACAAAGCCAGACUUGGGAGGCAUUUCUAG